AUAUUUUUGACUGUCGUGUCGACAAGAUGGGCAAGCGCAAGGCAAGCGAUGCUUCUGUGGCCAAGAAGGCCAAGACCACUGACAAUGGCAGUGGUGGUGGUGGUGCUGGUAGUGCUGCUGGUAGAGUGAGCGCGGAGGGCAUUACGGGGCUUGUUGACACCGUGAAGCAGGACCUGGAGGCCAUCAAGACUGCUGCCUUGGCGAAUGCCGACGAAGAAGAUACCGCAACCACGGAUGAGCUGAACGCUCGUUUGAAGACGUUUGCCGCCAAGGUCACCGCCAUCAAGAUCCUUGCACGUCAACUGGCUGUGCGUGUCGUCGAUUCCACAGAGCGCGUCAAGCAGGCCAAACAAGGCAUGGAGGCGACGCACCUGCAGCUGCAGAACGUGUUGUACGAACACCUCCACGUGCUCAACGAAAUCAAGACCUGUCAAAGCUACCGGUCGCGAGCAGAGGACCUGGAGCUUGUCACGCGGGACGAAUAUCUUGCGUCGGAUGCAGCGAGUGGCGAAGACAAAGACGAGCACCACGAGAUGCUCGGCCGCCUCCAGUUCGAGGCCGAGGAGCGCGCAAGGCUGCGGAGUGAUCUUGAGGAGCGGCAGUACCGCAAGACCGCCAUCUCCAAUAUCAACGAGAAGAAGCGCGCCAUGAUCAAGGCCGCGCCAGAUGCAGUCACGCACCUGCUUGACGCGUGCAACAAGUGCUCAGACGUGUUUGGCCCAGCCAGCAUGCCCCACGAUGAGCUGUUGGCCAAGUUCAGGGCGUCCCACCCACUGGCUGAUCGCCUACCUGCCCCGCUCCACGCUUUGCUCAUGACUGUCGCAGGCUACAACAUCGCAUACGAAGCGCGAUCAUGGAGUGUUCACAUCGCCGGCGACGCCGCUGCGGUGGAUAAGUUCGAGGCAGAGGUGGACGCGUGCGAAACAUACAUGUACGCAUUGGCGCGCAAGGAGCAGGGCGACAACGACGACGUCGAAGAUGAAAGAGAUGAGGAUGAUGAAGACGAGGAGGAAGGUGGCAAGCGAAGCAAGGAUGCACACAAGAGCCAAACUGGACAGUCAAAGACAGCGACGGCGCCAGCCAACCUCCACCAGCUGCUGUUCACGCCGCACCCGCUCUCCCUCGAGCUCAAGUCAACGCCAGAUGCAGCGAAAUCGCUUCGUCUCGUGUUCCGCCAUUACCCGCUCCUCCACAUCGUCACCACCACGGAGCAGAGCCCAAAGACACAGCUGCCUGUGCUGCAGCACGUUGCUCCGGCAGACAGCGGCAAGACCCCUUCGUCUCCAUCGUCGCCGGCAUCGCCACCACCGCCCGUCAUGUUCAUGCUCGACAGACUCGGCGUGGAGGAUUACCGCCCUCGCCUGACCGGCACCAUCGUGCCCGCCGUCCAGGACAUCGCGGGACUCACAGACGCAGGUCGCAAAACACGCCCAUGGCAUUGGUGGCAUUAG